UAGCCUUUAAUUUACCUCUUAACCUCAAAUCAGACUGGCUCACAUCAUUCUAGUUGCAAUGGCCUCCUUGCAUUUCUCAAAUCCUCCAGGCCUGCUCUAGCCACAGGACCUUUGAACAUGCUGUACCCUCAGCCAAAAAUUAUCCAGCCCUUAAGAUUAUCUGGAAUACAAGGCUUGUUCUUUUACCCACUUCAAGUCUUCACUCAAAUGCCAUCUCAGUGAAGUCUACCCUUUCCUUGCUAUCUAAAAUUGCAAGCUUUUCUCCAAUUUUUUAACAUGCCUUAUGUGCCAGCUCUCCUUUUAUUUUCUUUAUAAUUCUCCAUAACACUUUCCUCUAACAUACAGUAUGUUCCACUUACUUACCUUAUUGUCUGUCUCCCUCAAUUAAAAUAUAAAAACUCUACAGAUAUUUUGUCUGUUUCAUCUCCUGCUAUGCACCUAGUCCCUAGACCAGUACCUUUCAUGCAGAACUGAGUUUGUUCAAUACUGAAUCAGUGAAUGUUAAAUAAAGCCUCAGGUUCUCUUACAUCAACCGCUUAAGAGUCGCACUGUAAGAAGCAACAACCUCUCCUCCUCCUCUCCUCCAUCUCCUCGGCAGCCACAAAACAGCAACUAUGUGUGAGUGCAUCUCCAUCCAUGUUGGCCAGGCUGGUGCCCAGACUGGCAAUGCCUGCUGAGAGCUCUAUGGCCUGGAACACGGCAUCCAGCCCGACGGCCAGAUGCCAAGUGACUAGACCAUUGGGGGAGGAGACGACUCCUUCAACACCUUCUUCAGUGGGCACUGGCAAGCAUGUGCCCAGAGCAGUGUUCGUAGACCUGGAACCCACAGUCAUUGAUGAAGUUCGCACUGGCACUUACCGCCAGCUCUUCCACCCUGAGCAGCGUAUCAAAGGCAAAGAAGAUGCUGCCAAUAACUAUGCCCGCGGUCAUUACACCAUUGGCAAGGAGAUCACUGACCUCGUCUCGGACCAAAUUCGGAAACUGGCUGAUCAGUGCACAGGUCUUCAGGGCUUCUUGGUUUUCCACAGCUUCGGUGAGGGAACUGGUUCUGGGUUCACCUCCCUGCUGAUGGAACGUCUCUCUGUCGAUUAUGGCAAGAAGUCCAAGCUGGAGUUCUCCAUUUACCCAGCCCCCCAGGUUUCCACAGCUGUAGUUGAGCCCUACAACUCUAUCCUGACCACCCAUACCGCCCUGGGGCACUCUGAUUGUGCCUUCAUGGUAGACAACGAGGCUGUCUAUGACAUCUGCUGUAGAAACCUCGAUAUUGAGCGCCCAACCUACACAAACCUGAAUAGGUUGAUAGGUCAAGUUGUAUCCUCCAUCACCACUUCCCUGAGGCUUGAUGGAGCCCUGAAUGUCAAUCUGGCAGAAUUCCAAACCAACCUGGUGCCCCAUCCUCGCAUCCACUUCCCUCUGGCCACAUAUGCCCCUGUCAUCUCUGCUGAGAAAACCUAUCAGGAACAGCUUUCUGUAGCAGAGAUCACCAAUGCUUGCUUUGAGCCAGCCAACGAGAUGGUGAAAUGUGACCCUCGCCAUGGUAAAUACAUAGCUUGCUGCCUGUUGUACCAUGGUGAUGUGGUCCCCAAAGAUGUCAAUGCUGCCAUUGCCACCAUCAAGACCAAGUGCAGCACCCGGUUUGUGGACUGGUGCCCCACUGGCUUCAGAGUUGGCAUUAAUUACCAGCCUCCCACGGUGGUACCUGGUGGAGACCUGGCCAAAGCACAGGAAGCUGUGUGCAUGCUGAGGAACACCACAGCCACUGCUGAGGCCUGGGCUUACCUGGACCACAAGUCUGACCUGAUGUGUGCCAAGCAUGCCUUUGUUCACUGUUAUGUGGGUGAGGGCAUGGAGGAAGGAGAGUUUGCUGAGGCCCGUAAGGACAUGGCUGCCCUUGAGAAGGAUUAUGAGGAGGUUGGUGUAGAUUCUGUUCAAGGAGAGGGAGAGGAAGAAGGAGAGGAAUACUCAAGUCAAAUGUCACAAAGGUGCUGCUUUUACAGGGAAGUUUAUUCUGUUUUCAACAUUGAAAAGUUGUGGUCUGAUCAGUUAAUUUGUAUGUAGCAGUGUAUACUCUCAUACACAAUUACUGACCUAUGCUUUAAAACACAACGCUUUGUUACAGGCCCAAGCUAUCCAUUUCUCUGAUGGAUUUGAAUAAAGUAUUCCCUGUCUUAAAAAAAGAAAGGAAAGAAAGAAAGGAAGAAAGGAAGAAAGAAAGAAAGAAA